CAUUAAGUGUUACGCUUUCUUCUCUAAACUGUGCUUAUUAAAAUGGGUAAAACUUAAUUGAAAAUCAGAAAGGUAAAAACAUAACUUUACCUUGCAGUAACUACCUAACGAGUGCAAUCAUAGGUGGCAAAACAAUAUAUAAGGCAUCUUCUCUGAAGUUGCUACAAAUGAGGAUGCUGUUCACAGAGGCCAUUACCACGCAGAGCGCUGCUUUUCCAGGGAACGUUCCCCUCCCUCGCUCAUCUGACGCGUUCUCUUCCUGCAGCUCCUGCACUUAAUAAACGUGCUCCACUUUCUAAAAACUAAAGCGGGUAGUACUAGAGACUGAAAUCUCAUUCAGUACGGAAAUGCGAAUACUCCCCAGAGCACAGUCAAUCACAUGCACUAAUUAACAGACUUGCUGGUACCAGCGCUACAUGGCUCCCUGCUACCAAAAGAGGAUGACACACUUUUCCAGUGGGUUUUGUUAAUGCACAGUAACACGACUGAUGAGAUUUAACAAGUGAAGGUUUUAACGCAGGAUAUCGGUGAGCCCCUGCUCCCAUUCCGCCCGUGUCACUACCCGACCCGUUCUCAGCAUUCCUGUUCAACACAUUUCCCUUUCCACUGCUGCAUUUCGAACUGGAAAUCCUAAGCAUAGGAUCACCCAAUAGCAGAAAAAGCAGCAAGUGUAGAUGAGACCGCCCUGCUCGAGGAGCAGUCCUGGCUGCGAGGAGCAGCACUGACACAGGACAGCACCCAGCUGUUGGCACUGGGGAAGUCACCCUGCCAGAUCUUUGUCCAUUUCAUUCAUUGGGUAGAGUUGAAGAUCUCCUAAGCCCUGACAGCCAGGCUAAAUGUGGGUCAUGUUGCAGCAUAAAACACGACCGUGAUACCUUGAACUAAAUUUCAAAACUUCACAGCAGGGAGCAGUUGAAUAAAUCGCUGCUUUCUGCAAAUCACCGUCUCCUCUGCUUUCUCCGCCUCCCCCAUUCCAAAUUUAGAACCUGCUGAGGUAAAUGUCAGAUGAAGGGAUACAGUUUUGUCAGACUAAAGCAAUUUUAAGAGGCAUAAAACUGUGCUGGACAACCUUAAAGCCUUUGAUAAGUGCAGCUCUAAUAAUGUAACUUAACACGGCGAUCAUUUACAUCUCAUUUUCAAAAGAGCUUACACCAUCUGUAAUUUUCAAUUGCACCAGCACAGACUGGGGAAAGCACCACGGAAUACUCAGCUGUUGUGACAUGCACCAGUUACUUGGCAAGGGAGAAACGGUUUAUCAACAAAGAUAGGACACAGAUACCAGAAUGCAUUCCACACAACCAGUAUUUGAUGAGGAGGGCACGUGAUUACAUUUAAAUGCAAAAUAAAUUGUUUACUGUCUUGUACCAGAUUGAAUUUAAAAGCUGAAACACAAAAUUGCUUGAGAGCUGACGAGGAGGACAGCUGCCCACUCCUAACCCGGUCACUCAAUCCCAGCACAGAAUUAACACUCCUAACCCUGCAGGAGCUGAGCUAAACCAGGCUGGUGAUGUCAAGAACAAAAAGGAUCUGACAGAGGAAAUCAGAUCGGGAGUCUUCAAAGCAGACACAAUUUUAUGCCUUUGUUUGCAUGAAUGGCUCUGAGAGAAAGAGAGCAAAAAGAAAAAUGAAGAAAAAUACUGAAGACUGCCAAGUCAAGGGAGGCCAAACUGUUAGAAGCAGAGCUGAUAACAGUGACUAAUGCAACAAAUGGAUGAUGGAGCACUGAUUUGGGCUUCUCUCAGGAUCACUAGAGACAAACCAAAUUCCCACAGGGCUGAGUUGCACCUGUGCCAAUUGCUGCCCAGCUCUCCAGGUUAAAGCAAUGAGUGCAGUCAGGUGAUUAAGAGCCAGGCUAGCGGUUGUUUUAGAGAACUGUCCUGGAAAAGGUGUGAUUACCAGCAGCUGUGUGAGUGGGUGUGCUGCUCCAUUAAGCAGGUGCUGCUCCGCUGCUGAAGAGCAUUUAUAGCCAAAGCACGAGGGCUGCUGGGAGUGCAGGCUCAGGGAAAGUUAGUGGCCUAAAAAGGAAGAGCUGCCUGAGGGCCAAGUCAUUUCUACUACACUGCUCUCCAAAGAAGGAUGAGGAAAGACCACUGCCCAAGAAGGAGCCCUAUGGAAUGGAUUAUGUAGUCAUAGACAAGACAACGUGGUGAGGAAAAGAAGCAAACAUACCCAGCGUAUCCCAGCUGGACCUCAACUGCCAUAUGAGAAUUGUUGGAUUGCAAGAUUUAGAAAAGGACAAAUAGUUGUGCGACAGAAAUCAAAAUGUUGGAGCCGAAUGCAACAACCUGAAACAACCGCCGUGUUUCCAAAAGUGUCUUUCAACAUAAAGCCUACUCCUGAGUAACUGGCAAAGGCUCAGCGAGCACAACACGAAGACAACUGGCAGCCUGCGCAGUAUGAGCUCAGAAGAGGUUGGUGCUCAGGGUGGAGACGGUGCAAAGAUGUGAGACACUGUCAGAGAGCCACAAAGCUGGCUUGCAGAAAAUCUUGGAAAAGCCAAAUGGCAUUAGACAGAUAAGUCCGGGAAAUGUUGACUGGAAUUUUUGCUUAUCUGAACUACAGAGUACCUCGGACUCGGAAGGAAAUUUUUCAAACCCUGAUAAAAGGAUUACAGAGACUAGAAUACAGAGGAUAUGACUCUGCAGGAGUGGCAAUUGACGGAAAUAAUAAUGAAGACAAGGAGAGGUUCAUCAAACUGGUCAAGAAAAGAGGAAAAGUAAAGGCCCUGGAAGAAGAGUUGUACAAACAAGAUGGCUUGGAUUCCAAAGCAGAUUUUGAAACACAUUUUGGAAUUGCUCAUACUCGCUGGGCGACCCACGGAGUACCAAGUGCAAUAAACAGUCACCCUCAGAGAUCAGAUAAAGGGAAUGAAUUUGUUGUUAUCCAUAAUGGAAUCAUCACAAAUUACAAAGACCUGAGAAAAUUUCUGGAAAGCAAAGGCUAUGAAUUUGAGUCUGAAACAGAUACAGAAACAAUCCCCAAACUGAUCAAAUACAUGUAUGACAACAGAGAGAGUGAGGACACCAGUUUUUCAGCCUUGGUAGAAAGAGUUAUUCAACAGUUGGAAGGUGCUUUUGCAUUGGUUUUCAAGAGCAUCCAUUACCCAGGUGAAGCUGUUGCUACCAGGAGGGGGAGUCCUUUGCUCAUUGGAGUUAGAAGCAAGUACAAGCUUUCCACUGAACAGAUUCCUGUUUUAUAUAGAACAUGCAACAUUGAGAAUAUGAAGAACAUGUGCAAUUCACGAAUGAAAAGACUGGACAGCUCUACUUGCCUUCAUGCUGUUGGGGAUAAGGCAGUAGAAUUUUUCUUUGCUUCAGAUGCAAGUGCUAUCAUUGAGCAUACCAACAGAGUCAUUUUCUUAGAAGAUGAUGACAUUGCAGCAGUAACUGAUGGGAAGCUUUCAAUUCACCGUCUGGAGCGUUCAGCUAGUGACGAUCCUUCCCGGGUCAUUCAAACCUUGCAAAUGGAAUUGCAGCAAAUCAUGAAGGGUAACUUCAGCGCGUUCAUGCAAAAGGAAAUUUUUGAACAACCAGAAUCAGUUGUCAAUACUAUGAGAGGCAGGGUGAAUUUUGAGAACAGCACAGUUCUGCUGGGUGGCCUAAAGGACCAUUUAAAAGAAAUCAGAAGAUGCCGAAGACUGAUCAUUAUUGGCUGUGGGACCAGUUAUCAUGCUGCAGUAGCUACUCGACAAGUACUGGAAGAAUUAACUGAAUUACCCGUGAUGGUGGAACUUGCUAGUGACUUCUUGGACAGGAACACACCUGUGUUCAGAGAUGAUGUCUGCUUUUUUAUAAGUCAGUCAGGUGAAACUGCAGACACUCUUAUGGCUUUGAGGUAUUGUAAAGAACGCCGUGCUCUAACAGUUGGCAUCACAAACACAGUUGGAAGCUCGAUAUCCAGAGAGACUGACUGUGGUGUACAUAUCAAUGCAGGACCUGAGAUAGGUGUGGCGAGCACAAAGGCUUAUACCAGCCAGUUUGUGUCUCUUGUAAUGUUUGGCCUUAUGAUGUCUGAAGACAGAAUUUCUUUGCAGAAAAGAAGACAGGAAAUCAUUAGUGGACUAAAAUCACUGCCAGAGAUGAUUAAAGAAGUCUUGUCCUUGGAUGAGAAGAUACAUGACUUGGCUCUUGAACUGUACAAACAAAGAUCUCUGCUGGUUAUGGGUCGUGGAUAUAAUUAUGCCACUUGUCUGGAAGGAGCUUUGAAAAUAAAAGAAAUCACCUAUAUGCACUCGGAAGGUAUCCUGGCUGGUGAACUUAAACAUGGUCCACUGGCCCUGAUAGAUAAACAAAUGCCUGUUAUCAUGGUCAUAAUGAAGGAUCCUUGCUUCACCAAGUGCCAGAAUGCUCUGCAACAGGUCACUGCUCGGCAGGGUCGUCCAAUCAUCCUGUGUUCUAAAGAAGACACAGAAAGCUCAAAGUUUGCCUACAAAACCAUUGAGCUGCCUCAUACAGUUGACUGCCUUCAAGGAAUCUUGAGUGUUAUUCCUCUCCAGUUGCUUUCAUUCCACCUGGCUGUUCUCAGAGGAUAUGAUGUGGAUUUUCCAAGAAAUUUGGCCAAAUCGGUUACUGUAGAAUAACAGCCAAGAACAGUGGAUAUUUUUGUCACCAGACCUCUGCAUUAUACUUGUUGAAAUGUGUUGUUCUGAAUCAAUAGGUACACGUUCUUGAAAGGGAAUGAGAGUGAUAACUGGCGAGUGUCAGAAGGAUUUAUCUUGCAGCUUUAAAAGCUUUUGAUGUGCCUUGUUACCCAAGUGCUUUUGCUCACAGCAAAUACUUCAAAGUCCUGAAAUUGCCAAAGGAGAAGAUAAAAAUCAUUGUUUACACAUGGUAUACUGAAUGAACUUUUCUACUGUGCAAUAUAUAUAUACAGCUCUCUUCAGAGUAACUGUGAACAUUUUUUAGCCUAUACUACUUAACUAGUUUUAAAGAUAAAGUAUUUAUAAGUACAACUGUAUAGCUUUUCUUAAGUUAUUUUUUUUAGUAUGUUGCUUAACUAUAGCAUUGGUAAUGAGUUGACAUGCUCAGUACUUCCGGGGAGUUUGUGUACAGUUUUUUUAGAUUUUUCUACUACAGCCUCAAACUGGAAAUUGGUUGUCCUCUUCCUCCCAGCUUCCUGCCCCCCCUCCUCCUACAGUUUGCAUCUGGUUUGUAUUUCACCCCCUUUUGCGAAGAGUUCCCGUGGCUGUAAAUUCUCAGCUGUGUUUCAGCUCCUCCUGCUGCUUUCAGCUAAUGAUGCGAGAAGGCCCAGCAGCAUUUUGUGUACUGCCCCAGUCCUUACUGCCUGGCUUGUACAGUGCAACAAAAUAAGGGAACUUCCAAAAAUAAGGUACCAUCCAAAUGGUACUUCUGGUUGAACUAUGUACAAUGUAAUUAAUAUGCAAUUAAAGAAAAUAUUAUACAGA